UGAAAGAUGACGGUGAGCAUUUGCUUUUGCCAGCAAUGUGACAAGGGCAGCGAUUGUCAUGGCAGUGACUGCUGUCUGUGGAAGCCACGUUUGAAGAAAGGGGAGUGCUCUCCAAUGGGGGGCGUGGCAGCACACUGCUACACCAGAGAGCCGUACGCUUGGACUCAGCCGGAGAAGAUGGUCACUGACUUCGAUCGUUGCCCGUGUGAGCCAGGGCUUUUCUGUGGGCCUCUGGGGAAUGGAAGAGAAGAUCCAAAGUAUGGAACCAUAGGUCAGUGCCUCAAUGUGUUCACUUUACCUUUUCCUUCCUACCUCUAG